AUGAAUCGGCAUUCUCAAUCUACUAAUAAUUUUACUUGCUCCGUACAAGGAGAUAAAUGGAUUGUAGUUACAACAAUUUUUUAUCUAACAAAAGCGAUUUAUAAAUUUCUUAAUUUAACUACUCAAUGGAAUUUAAUUGUUAUUGGUGAUCAAAAAACACCAAAAGAUUGGCUCUUACAUCUUUCUAUAAAUUCUUCUCGACUUAUU